UGUUGUCAAAGAGUUAGGACUAAAAAUUAAACAUGCCUCUACUAGCCUUAUUGUAUCUGCUGUUAGAACCUCUACUCAACCACUUGGAAUUAUUAGAGACUUUUCUAUAGAGAUUGAAGAUACUCACAUACUCAUUACAGUUGAAGUAGUACCUCCUACUCUCU